AUGGUCUCUCCAGAGUCUGCCAGGGCUGAGACAGCCCAGUGUCGUGGACCGUAUCUACGCCUGCAAUGGGUACGUGAUAUAUAUGAGUGCCAAUGCCAGGCAGGUCAUUGGACAGCUGCGGCUCGCGCAUAUCUUCUUCACCUUCUGGGUUGCACUCUGUUUGCUAACAAGAGUGCAACCAAUGUCCAUGUUGUCUACUUGGAGGCCCUUCGUGACCUCAGUAUGACGGAGAGGUGGAUUGCGACCAAGAAGACCGUGAAGAGCAUUCGUACGCCGGCGUACAGGGAGCGCCUGGACCGACUCCGGAUUCCGGAUGUCUGUUGGACCCCUUAUGGGGAGCACCGGGAGGUCCGAGACUUCCACGUCAGAUCGUGUUAUUCCGGUCUCUUGCGCUGGGGGCCUGUUGUUGUUUAUUACCGACCGGAGAGGGUCGUGCGACAGUUUGGCUACACGCAGACCAUUCCUGCUCCUCCUGUCGAUUCAUGGGUCUCGUAUGAUAAUAUACACGACAAGUGGAUGCACUACGAGGAUCAUAUCAUUCCAGCAGGUGAGGUGUGCGUUGUGCCAGGGGCGUGUUCCAGUGACUACAUGGACUGGUUCUUCCGCAUCUCCCAUCCUUUCAUGACACCAGGCCACACAUUAGAUCCUCUGCCUCAUGGUCACGCCCCGCAGCCCCGAGUCGUCCCUCAGGCCCCGCAGACAGAUAUCCCUCACGUGCCGGAGCCAGGAGAAUCGUCGACAUCUGCGGAGGAGCCUAGACAUGCAGUGGAAGUUUGUGAUGACAUUGCUGAGAGGUUGGAGCGCCAUCUAAGUCUAGGGGUGGUCACGCCUGCCUCAUCGACACAUGAGGUGAUCGAAGAAUGCCUCAGGUUGGCCAGGAGUGUGACACAGGACCAUCUAGUAUAUGUUAGGUCUAGACGCAGGCGACGCACGGAUCAGGCGUAG